AUGGCGAUUCGAUUUGGCCAGGGCAUUGCCCGUUUUAUUCCCAUGGUUGGAUAUCACCAUGUACUGAUGAUUCUCAUCGCAAUCGCAAUUAUCCUGCUAUCAUUAUUGUUGGCUGGUUGCUCAUCGUCAUCUCCACAAAUACCGGACAUUUUCCUCAUCUCCAUGUACUACGAGAAGUACGACCCGGUACUGAACCUAGCACAAGUGUACCCGGGCGUCGUACAGCCUCUGUCCAAUAUUGUCCGCAGCGCUGAGUUGGAAGUUCGGGUGGGCUACUUUGGAAUUUGCAUUCAACCCGACAAGGGUUCUUUUAUUUGCAACGCCAACGCCACUGCGCUCGCCGAGAUCGUCAACGUCGACGCUGACCCACUCAACUUGAUCUGGGUAGCCUCAACAUUCAAGGAUGCCGUUGUGUUUCCGUAUCUUCUUAUCGUCGCGGUCAUUCUCGCAUUCUUCUGCUUCAUUCUUCUCGCCACUUUCCCGGGUUGGCACGAGGAGCCUGAUGAGUCUGGGUCUGCCGUGGAAGUCAAGCCUUUUCCCUCAAGGCCUGUGUCUCAAGCAGCUCUUGCUUUAAUCUUUGUGUCUUCCGUCUUCGUUCUGGUCUCAGUGCUGUGGCAGCACACUGCCUCGGUAGCAGCCAGCACGAUAGCUCAGGACUUUGGAAACAGCGUUGUCAAGAGCGGCGUCGGCACCUCCGCCAUGGUCCUCGGUUGGUUCGGAUUCGUGCUUCUAGUCAUCGUGACGAUUGGACUUCUUAUCAUGAUCCUCAGCAUUAGCAUGCUCAGGAAAUUGACCGACGAGGAAUAG